AUGGAUGCGAGGUCCUUCUCCCAGGGGAGCAGUUCCCACAGUGGCGCCGUCUCCCCCCUUCCUGACCGGCUGACUCAGGGUCCGGCACUCUCCACAGUUUCCGAACUCCCAUCGUCGCGCGGUGCAGAGAGACUCUCCACGGGCAGCUACCUCGGGACCCCUAGACAAGGUGGCGCUGGUGUGCAGAGCACCAUCAGAGCUGUGACACCCGAGAUAGCCGAUGUCACACUCAGUGGCUUGGAAGGCGCUGCCGGAACCACGCCGCUCAGCGUCGGCUCCGUGCCGACCUCGCCAAGGUCCAUGCCCGCCGCUCCGGCCGGCUUGCCAACCAGACGUCAGGGCGUGGUGUUCCACGACACUUUCCCCGGUUCUCUGGCUGGGGCCCCGUCUAGUCCCCCGCUGCGGCCGCCCUCCUUCAGACCUAGGACUCAUACCAUGGACGGUGCUCUCCGGCAGCACCUCACUCCUGGCAUCGAGGCGCGCCAUCGGGUCGGCUCCUUCUCCUCGGCCGCCUCUCUUUCAAUCGCCGACGACCAUCACAGAUCUCCCAAUGCUCAGUCGCAGCUUGAUUCGUACAAGUCCGCGGAUCUGCAACCGUCCACUGCUUCCUCGCUCCCCAAGGAUAAAAAGUCCUCUGGUGCCAGGAGUCGCUUGACCAAGCGGCCGCUGUCCCGGCCCAGCUCACCUCUCUCGUCACUGCCGCCUUCCGUAGAUUCCCUGCCUCUCCCUAUACCUACUGCGGAUGCCAACAGGGUGUUGCUUUUGAUGAAGAACCUCUGCGGGAGAAUGCGCGGCGAGAUCGAGUACCAGAGGGACACCGAUGGGCCUUGGUAUGGCGGCGUGGGCUAUAUCGAAGAGGAGAAGGGGAGCUUGAUGUUUGACCCCGGCGAAAGCGGCCCUUUCCAUGUCACCCUGGUCUCUGACCUUCGCGGGUGUCGAGUUGUCCCAGUGGAACGGCCCGACAGAGCCUAUCAAUGCCUAGAGAUAAUAAGCGCUUCACCUGGCGGGGUGCUCUUCAUACAGCCGCUGGUCGCUGAGGAACUAGACCUUUGGCUGGCCGCGUUGCUCUGCUGGCAGCAGCUGCGGCCCGCCGGCGCCAAACUUCCGGUUGCCCGUCCUGCCGAGAUGAAGCGCCGCGUCUCGUCACCCGGCCUCCGGGAACAGGCCGCAAUCAUCAAGGUUGGCAAGGUCAUGCUUUGGGACAAGGGAACCGCGACAUCUCCCCGCGCCAUCGUAAAGCGGCCGUCGACGCGUGAUCUGAGGUCUUCGCAGACUGGCUGGAGGAGGGUGUCCUGCAUCCUUCACGACAACGGCGAGCUUAAAAUUAUGACAGAAAACGAUGUAACGGUGCUGUCGUUGAUUGAGCUCUCGCAGCUCGCGCGGCCGGCCAUCCAGCAGCUCGACAGGUCUGUCUUGGACGAAGAUUUCUGCUUAGCCAUCUUCCCCAUCUACGCGUCUACCUCGACCCAGCUGUCAAUAUUCAGACCGAUAUAUAUAUCCUUGGAAUCCAGGGUGUUGUUUGAGGUUUGGUUUGUGCUGUUGCGUGCUUUUACCAUCCCGGAUGUGUACACUUUGGACCCUACCAAUGGGGGGCGAGUUUACGAGGUGACGGAUCUGCAGGAGGAACCGGCCGGGGAGAUAUUCAGGGUAGAAAAGACCGUCUCUCUCAGAGUCACCGAGGCCAAGAUUCGACACCGGUCUCCGACCGGUGAGGGGGUUAGCACUGCUGAGCGCAACGGGAAAGCAUCCGAGUCCGACCCUACCGUUGGCAACUAUCUAGCCGAGGUCAUACUCGACGGUGAGGUGCGCGCGAGAACGGCGACCAAGAUGGAUACAAAUAAUCCGUUUUGGCGUGAGGAUUGCGAGUUUCUCGAUCUCCCUGCAUCGCUUCCCUAUCUCUCGGUGCUUCUAAAGAGGGUCGAUGGCAACAUGGACAGCUUCAGUCAUCAGCUACAGGCCACACUAGGUUUGGCAAAGACUGGAAAUAUCACAGAAGUGCUUUGCGGUUCUGUCGACAUUCCGCUGCACCAGUUGGAUCGCGGAAAGGAUCACGAGCAGUGGCUCCAGAUCUGGGACGACCGGCAACAAUCCGUCGGGUCCAUGCUCGUCAAAGUCCACCAUGAAGAGCUCGUAGUGCUGCUCCAAGAAAACUAUCAACCGCUCGCCGAGCUCUUGCACCGAUUCAGCUCCGGGUUGACCGCCCUGAUCACCGAAGCACUGCCCGGCCGCCUGCGCCGGGUUGCCGAGAUUUUUGUAAACAUUUUCCAGGUCUCAGGUACCGCAGGCGAGUGGAUCAUGAACAUGGUUGAGGAAGAGAUUGAUGGCAUUGGGAACCAAGCGUCGUUGAAGAAGCCAAGGUUCAGCAGCCGUCUCAGGUCCAGCGAGUCGAUUGAGUCCAUCAGCGAUCGGGAGCAGAUCGUUCGUGACCUGGGCAAGUCGCUCCAAGGCGAGGCCAACCUACUCUUCCGAGGGAAUUCUUUAUUAACGCAGGCUCUGGAGUUCCACAUGCGUCGACUAGGCAAGGACUACUUGAGAGAGACGCUUGCCUCCAAGAUCAACGAGAUCAGCGAGCUUGAGACGAGUUGCGAGGUGGACCCUAGCAAGGUGCAUCAUAGCGAGGACAUCCAACAUAAUUGGAAGCAGCUCAUCCAGCUGACUUCGGAGCUCUGGGACUGCAUCGCCUCGUCGGUUGAUCGUCUGCCCCCCGAGCUCAGGCAUAUCCUCAAGUACAUUCGCGCCGUCGCCGAGGACCGCUAUGGCGACUUUCUGCGCACCGUAUCCUACACAUCGGUUUCGGGCUUUCUAUUCCUGCGCUUCCUAUGCCCGGCCAUCCUGAAUCCGAAGCUGUUCGGCCUUCUGCGCGACCAUCCCCGUCCCACCGCCCAACGCACCCUGACGCUCAUCGCCAAGUCACUCCAGGCCCUUGCGAACCUGUCAACCAUCGGCAAGAAGGAGACAUGGAUGGAGCCCAUGAACCGCUUCAUCAACGCCCAGCGCCAGUCCUUCAAAGACUUCCUCGACGCCGUGUGCGCCAUCCCUGCCGAUCGCACAAAGGCCCCGCCGCCUGCGUCUUACUCGACCCCGAUCGCCAUCCUCAACCGCCUGUCGCCUCUUGCGCGGGAAGGUUUCCCCUCGUUGCCAUACCUCGUCGAUCACGCCCGUAAUUACGCCCUGCUCGUUAAGCUCUGGGCAGAUGCCCACCCUCCCUCGGCAGGCACAUCCCAGGUGUACGAAGGAGACCUGCUCAAGUUCCACACGCUGUGCGUCGACCUACACCAGCGCGCCAUGGAGUGCUUCACCCGCAUUGAGAGUUUGCGCGCGGCGGCGGCGGCCGCCGAGGUGGCCAGCCAGGCGGGCGGCGCUGCCGACGAUCAGCUAGCAGACGUGAUGGACCGUAUCAGCCUCGGC